UAAAACCCCAUAAGUUAUCUCCACCCUUCUCAAAGAAUAUAAACACACUACCACUUCCUGAGCUUUUGUUUUAGAGUUUUUCCCGGUACACAAACAAAUGGCUCCAAGAAUCUCUCUUGCACUCUUCCUUUCCCUGAACCUCCUCUUCUUCACUUACACUUCUGCUCAAGGCUCUUGUCCUAAAAAUUCCCUGCAGAUCAGUCUAUGCGCUAAUGUUCUCAAUGUAGUUGAACUAACAUUGGGAAACCCAUCUGUACCGCCAUGCUGCUCACUCAUUGAUGGGUUGGUUGACCUUGAGGCUGCAGCCUGUCUUUGUAGCGCACUCAAAGCUGACAUUCUUGGCAUCACCUCAAUUAACCUUCCCAUCUUUCUCAACGUACUCCUCAAUGUUUGUGGCCGACCAACUCCAACAUCUUACCAUUGCGUCUAUUGAAUACUUCAGACAUAUAAAGACAUACCUAAAAGACAGAAAUAUCGUAUGGUUUCAAAGUCUUGAACUUAUUGCGUAGUUUUCUUGUUUCUUAUAAUCAGUGAUUGCUUUUGUGAUUUUCUUGGAUUGAAUAAAAUGAUGAACGUCACGUUCUCAUGCAACAAUGUAUUAUGGGGGUUGUGUGUGUAAUCUGCAAGUUAUUUCCCCUUUUGCUUCAUUGUUCCUCUUAUCUUCGUUGUAAACGUUUCUUUUGAAUUUGAUUAAUAAAAGUAUAGCAAUCGGUGUUGUUGUCUAUAUCAGGCCUAUCUGUGUAUUAAAAAAAAGGUAAAAUGGCAAUAUGACGCACUGAAAAAAAAAUCAUAUCUUAGUUAUUUUGCGGUAAACAUUAAAUAAUGGCAUGUACUUAACUGAGCUGAAUAUUAAUCGGCUCUAAUCAGAAAAACAAAAAAAAUAUUAUGGCCAACUGAAUGUGAGGUUCACAGAGCAGAUCGAUAAAAUCUU